CCUGGAUGCAACCAGUCACUCCGCAGCCCUGAUACGGCAUGCCGUCAGCUCGCGCCGGUGCCUCAGCCUGCCUCAGUCCGCCAGUUUCUCCAUCCGCCAGUUUUUCCGUGAACAGCAUAUGUAGUCAACCUAAGCAGGUUGCCGGUGUGUGUGUGUGGCUCUGCUACAAUAGUCUAGUCACCAUGGGCCUCACCAUCCAAACAACGGCUAUUUUGCUCAUCAUCGUGACCAUCAUCGCCAUCUACGGGGUCUCCAGGAAUUCAUUUGAUGAGAAGUUUGCUUCCGUGCUCGUGGCAAGAUGCAUCAACACCAGCAGCAGCAACAGCGCCAGGCCCUCACCUCCGCCCACCAGAGCACCAAGGGACGGGGCCUUCUAUCGGGAGGCAGACAUCGCCACGUGGGACGAGGACUGGGGGGAGAAAAAGUGUGCGCUGCGGAGGAUGGACAACCUCAAGCCGUUUUUCAACUACAUCCAAACGCCGCGGGUCCGCUGUGACACGCAGAUGAUGCUGGGAGGACGUCUGCGAAACAAGAAGGGUUACAUCGACGGCAACAAGUGGCUGUGUGUGGACAAGAAGUACAAAGUGACUCCCUUGAAAUGUAUUGUCCUUUCUUUCGGUAUCGGGAAUGACUGGUCAUUCGAGGACGAAGUUGAUAGGAAGCUGGGCUGCAGGGUGUUUGCCUUCGACCCCACCAUCAAAAAGGAGAAUCACAACCGCACCGCCAGAAUCAGCUUCUUCAACCUGGGCAUCGCCGGCUUCACCGACACCGGUCCGCAUGCCAAGAAGAAGGUAAGGCUGCCCUCUCGCCAGCAGCCUCAACUGGCGACGCCUGACACUGUCCACUGUGAUUAA